AUGGGUCGGUCGACACUGCAGUGCACCCGUGAUGAUGAAAAGUUUCAUUUGAAGAAAGUUGAUUUUGCUUACAAAGAUGAGUAUGAGCACCCCAAGGUUUUGGUUAAGCUCCCCAACCUCAAAGAUGAUUUUCAGGCCCCCAAGGUUUCGGUUAGGUUCCCCAGGGUUUUGGUUGAGGUCCCCAACCUCAAAGAUGAUUUUGAGCGCCCCAAGGUUUUGGUUGAGGUCCCCAACCUCAAAGAUGAUUUUGAGCGCCCCAAGGUUUUGGUUGAGGUCCCCAACCUCAAAGAUGAUUUUGAGCGCCCCAAGGUUGACUUUAAGCUCCGGAACCUCAAAUAUGGAUUCCCCAAGCCGAACAAGGCUGCCACUAACCUCCCCAAGCUCAACAAAGACUCUGCUACGCCACACAGCAAUCAGAAGGGAAUCCUCACCUGGGCAGAUCAUGUAAACCAACUAGUUGCUGUAAAAUGGCUAGAUGUCUCCGGAUUUCAAGGCAGCAAGGAGUUCCGCACAGAGGUCACAAUGCUCUCAGAGUAUAAACACAAAAACAUUAUAACACUUAUAGGGUUUUGUGAUGAUAACGAGGAAAUGAUCCUUGUUUAUGAAUAUGCAAGCCAUGGAAGCCUUGAUACAUAUUUAUGCGGCAAUACAGUGUGGGGUGGAUUAUCAUGGCCUCAGCUCCUCAAAAUAUGUAUUGGUGUUGCAUCUGCAUUAGAUUAUCUUCAUAACCACGUGGCCGAAAAACACAGAAUAAUACAUCGCGAUGUAAAAAGCGUGAAUGUUUUGUUGGAUGAAAAUUGGAAUGCAAAACUUUCGGAUUUUGGGUUGGCGAGGAUAGGCUUAGCAAAUCAACAUAACACCUUUGUGAUCACCAACAUUGCUGGCACAUAUGGUUAUUGUGACCCACAGUAUGAAAAAACAGGGUUUUUAACAAAAGAGUCAGACGUUUAUUCAUUUGGAGUGGUUUUGUUUGAAGUUUUGUGUGGAAGGCUAGCAUGUACUUUUAGUUACCAUGAUGAACGGAGAUUCCUCCAUCAUUGGGCUCGAAUGCGAUACAAAAAUGGUGAUCUUGAUAAGAUUAUUGAUCAUAGAAUAAAGACAGAAAUUAACCCAAGAACAUUAAGUAAGUUCUCAGCUAUUGCAUAUCAAUGCUUGCAUAAAAAUCGGGAAGAACGACCUAAAAUUGCUGAGAUUGCAUUCCAACUUGGGGAAGCCUGGAAAAUCCAAUCAAGUUACAAGAUGAAGGAGAUGAGACUUUUGUCACAUGAUGCACAAGAAAUCAUUGGUGAAUCUUUGUUAAAGAAAGGAUACAUGGGCGAAUAA